GUGUAUGGGGGAGGGGACCGAUGACCGACGUCAAAACUGCCAGCAAGAAUAGCAACAAAAGUCUGAUUCCAACUUCACUUCAACUCCUACAAUCAUUCGUUUAUUAUUAUUACAAACUGUUUUACAAUUUGACUUAAAAGGGCAACAAAUAUGACAUCACGAAAACGUAGCGGCAGCGGCUCCACAAAACGACCCAAGGAAAAGGUUGUUUACAUUUAUGAGCUGCUGUGUCGGGGCGAGGAUCCGAGUGCUGAUAGCCCAGAGUUCUGGAACGAGUUCUUCUUGCUGCAACCCAAUUUUGAGUCACUUGAAGACCAAAUCAGUAAGCUAAACAAUGAACAGCUGCAAGUGGUGAAACCGAAUCUGAAUACGCUUUUUCAAAAAUGUAUCGAAAUGCUGGACGCUGGCAAAGAGGAUCAUCCGAAGCGAUUGUGCAACAGCCUUCAGACUUUAUGCUCUCUUUUCUACGGCAUAUUUAGAAAGUGCAAUGCUGAGUCCGGUUCCAACAUUCUCAACGAGAUCUUUGGCCAUGAGACUAUGGACGAAUGGUUAAAGCUGCUAAUGCAAUACUGCAAUCGCAUUCUUCUCGGCGAUGUCCCCGAAAAUGCGCGCUUCAUGUGCCUGAAACUGCUGUUGGUUCUGGUGACGGGCACGGAUGUUAGCCAGAAUGUGCUCUUCGAAUACCUGAUGAUUCACAGUUUGUUUGAUGCAUUUGUUCGGUUGCUCAGCGAUCCCACAUUCCGUACACAGCAUGGACAUGACAUUGUAAUACUGCUUACCAUCCUGGUGAACUAUCGCAAGCACGAGGCAACCAAUCCCUAUGUGGUACAGCUAUCCAUAUUGGCCGAUGAGUUGGCAUUGAAUGGAUAUGGCCAAAUGAUCUCGCAGUCGCUUAUUGAUUUUUGCCGCCAGUAUAUGCAGAGCUUGAACAAUGUUCAAUCCUCGUCGUGGUUCUCGUCCCUUUCAAAUAUGGUUGGCAACAUGUUCGUCUCCGACGAGGGUUGUGAGCGUGUGCAACAGAUCAAGGCGAACAAUGGUCUAUUGUUGGCUCUCUAUGAGGCAGUGCAUCUCAAUCGCAACUUUAUCACGACCCUGGCACACACCCAAGCAGAGUCGAGUGCUCCGCCAUCGCCCAGCAACACAUUAAGUCUGACACAGCCGGUGCCUGAUUUGGCCAAUGCGCCGAUUAUUGACAUGACCCAGUAUCCUACAAACCUGUUGGUGGCUGUCUUUCAAUAUUGUUCAAUUGUGAUGCAGGACAACAAAAACGAGUCAAGCAUUGCGAAUUUGAAACUGUGCUUUCUCAUUCUCACUUGCAUAUCGGAGGAUCAGUACGCUAACUCAAUGAUGCACGACAACAAUCUGACCUUUAAAGUGAUGCUGCACCGCGCUCAGAUGCGUCAUCGCAAACUCAAUGUGGACCGUGUGGGCAAAUCGCAGCCUUUGGCAGCAACGCUUCUUGAUUUGCUGGUCGAAUUCAUUGUAUCGCAUUUGAUGAAGAAAUUCCCAAUGGAACUGUAUCUGCUGUGCAUUGGGGUCAUACAUCGAAUUCUUUGCUAUCAAAAACGUUGCCGCGUACGCCUUAAUUAUCCGUGGAAGGAACUCUGGUCGGCAUUGAUCGGUCUGUUGCGGUUUCUGGUCAAUCAGGAGCAAACGCUGGUCAAGAAGUGCAAUAUAUUCCAUUUGUCGCUUCAAGUGGUUAACAUAUUCAAUCUUUUUAUCACGUUCGGUGAUACAUUCCUUGCCACAACAAAUAGCUACGACGAGCUCUAUUACGAGCUGAAUCGCGAGGAGAAAGUCUUUACGGAAAUACAUGCCAUGGUUCUGCGCUAUACAACGAUGCCGGAGUGCGAAUACAAGGACGAUGUUAUUAAGCUACUCAAUGCCCUUGUCAAUAUACUUGCCAUUGUGAAGCAUUUUCAGAACAAGAUCAAGGAGUGGCUGGCCGAGCAGGGCUUGUCUACGCCUACGGAGGAGCAAAUACUUGACGUUGUCCGCAAGAAUUACGACCUUACCCUGAAGCUGCAGUACUCGCUGGAUCAGUACGAGCGAUAUGCCGAGGCUCCGCUUCACAGCAGCUUCUUUCAGGCCAUGGUGCGCGACGUGGUCAAUGACACACGCAAACACAUAUACGGCUACGUUAAGGAGGCUGUCUCUGUAAUACCGGAACAGGAUGUGCUGCUGGCAACAGUUACCACAGCAACAACGACGACCGCACCAUCCACGUAGGAGCUGAUUUGCUUCAAGACUGUUAUAUUGUUUCCUGGCGCAUAGUUAUGUAAAAGUAUUUUUAAUUAAUCAAUCUCUGGAAGCAUACACUCGAUGUAAUCUCUAAGAUUUAAAGUGCUUUUGCCGAGUUUUUGUUACCUUUUCGUUGUCAAGCAGUGCACUUACAAACAUUUUAUAUACAUAUAUUACAAAUACGUACGUACGCCUAUCGCUACUAUUCAUUAUUAAAAUAUAUUUCAUAUAUUUGUCUACAUUUUAAAAA